GCCUUCUCUGUACAAGACAGAGAACAAAUAGCUGGCUUUCUAAAGAUUUUUACAUUCGGGAUUAUUUUGGUGGACAGAUCCAAAACUCCAAACACCACUUUGCUAAAAUGUGGAUUAAGAACCCAUUACAUCAGCAAAGAAAAUUUAGUUUUAAAAUCUGAAUUUUCGCAAUUGCAACAAUGAAAGCUUUGCUCUUGUUAACCAGCGGACUGUUUUUCCUGUCUUCCAGUUUAUGCGAGAAAGGAAGCAAAUGUAACAGGACCCUUGACUGUGAAGGUGAAAAAUCACCCCCCAGGACUUUCCGUGGCAUCCCACAAGGCACAUAUGAUGACAUCCCUCCUGCUGCCAUAGAAGGCUCAAAGGCCAGUCACCACAGAGACAAAUGUCCCAUAGAGAAAUCCAAUGUUUCAGACUUGAAAGUAAGCAAUACUACAAUAAAGUAUCUUACCAGCUCCAUGAGCGUGAAGCUGAUACCAGCUAUAUAUAUAACUGUGUUUUUAAUAGGAGUGCCAUCAAAUGCAAUCACACUAUGGAUGCUGUUUUUCAAAAUCAGAUCUGUCCGUACUGCCAUAUUCUAUACAAACCUAGCCGUUUCAGAUUUCCUCUUCUGCAUUAUGCUGCCAUUCAAAAUCUCAUACCAUCUCCGUGGUAACAACUGGAUAUUUGGGGAAGCAAUGUGUCGAAUCAUGACCGCCGUCUUCUAUGGCAACAUGUACUGCUCUACCCUACUCCUCACCUGCAUCAGCAUAAGCCGCUAUGUGGCCAUUGUUCAUCCGUUUACUUACAGGACUUUGCCUAAGCGAUCCUUGGCAAUGUUAGCUUGUGGAGUGAUAUGGACAGUUGUCUUCUUAUACAUGUUACCUCUGAUCAUAACGAAGCAAAGCUAUUAUCUUGGUCAACUAAAUAUCUAUACCUGCCAUGAUGUACACAACACCUGUGAAACUUUGUCACCCUUCCAAUUUUAUUACUUCAUCUCUUUGGCAAUCUUUGGAUUUGUGAUUCCUCUCUGUAUCGUUAUUUUUUGUUACGUUUUAAUUAUUCGGACACUGAAAGCUUGUGAUCAAAAAUGGUUUUGGUACAUCAAAGUCAGUUUCCUUGUCCUUAGCAUCUUUGCAGUUUGCUAUACACCCAGCAAUAUUAUACUGAUUGCUCAUCACGUGAAUUUCUACUAUAAUUAUAAAGACAAUUUAUAUUUUUACCACCUUAUUGCUUUAUGCCUAAGCAGUCUAAACAGCUGUCUGGACCCAUUCCUUUACUUUCUGAUGUCCAAAAUCAAAGCACACACCAGUGCUUUUCUCACAGUUGUAAAAAAAGACAAGGAAGAACAAACGUGAUAUACUUAUCUUUUGGAAUUUGACAAGGAAGGAAGGAAGGAAGGAAGGAGCAUGGUCAUUUUAAAAACACUAUUUAAGAGUUCUAUAUUUAUAAUGGUAGCACUCCAAUAUUAAAAUCAUUACAUAUGUACUUUAAGGCUGUAAGAUUUAAUCAAAUAUUUUUUAGAGCAAAUUUUAAUUGAUGGGGCUGAAGGUUAAAGGCUGUGUGUGUGUGUGUAUUUUGGUACUUCUGUAACAGGGAACAAAAUAAAUAUGAAUUUUCCUUCUAACAA